GUUCCACUGCCCGGGUCUGGUAACUGGCGGGAUAUCAAAGACUGGCACAUCGUGUGGACUCCAGGCAGCGGCACAUCGGGCUGGACUCCGGGCAGCGGCACAUCGGGCUGGACUCGGGCAGCGGCACAUCGGGCUGGACUCCAGGCAGAGGCACAUCGCCCCCAGGAGGAGCGCAGGCACCGGGCCCCCAGGAGGAGCGGCAGGCACCGGGCCCCCAGGCGGAGCGGCAGGCGCCGGGCCCCUGGGCGGAGCGCCGGGCCCCCCCGGGCGGGGCGCUGGGCCCCCAGGCGGAGCGGCGGGCACCGGGUCGUCCGACACGACAGCGGGCAUCAGGUCACCAGGCAUCAGGUCAUUUGGCUCGCCAGCGGGCACCGCGUCAGCUGGCAAGGCAGUGGGCACCGAGUCACCAGGCACAACAGUGGGUUCCGAGUCAACUGGCAUGACCGCGGGCACUGGGUCAGACAUUGGAUCGUCUGGCUCGACAGCGGGCAUCGGGUCCCCAGGCGUGAUAGGAUCAUCAGGCUGGAUCAGUUCAUCAGGCUGGGUACAGACAUCAGGCUGGGUAGAGACAUCAGGCUAAAUUCAUCAUGCUGGGUAAAGGCAUCAGGCUGAGUAGAGGCUUCAGGCUGAGUAGAGGCUUCAGGCUGAGUAGAGGCUUCAGGCUGA